CGACACACACACGCACCGGCAGCGGACAUGGGGAAAGCAACCCGUACCGACAAGGGCGCCUACCUGGGCUGCUGCACUUCCCACAUACGCAUCGCUGAUUGACGCCUAUCUCCCUCGCUUCGUGUUCCAUGUGUAAUCCCCGACCAGCCAUCCCGGAGUUGAUCCUCUUUGACAUCGGAGGCGUGGUGGUCAAGUCACCCAUCGUUGCCAUCAAUGGCUACGAACGGAAGCUCGGCCUUCCUUCCAACUACCUCAAUGUCUCCAUCCGCUUCAGAGGAGAAGCUGGAGCCUUUCAGAGGCUAGAGAGGGGCGAGGUGGAUAUAUGGACAUUCUAUGACGAAUUUGGAAGGGAGCUGAGCGAUACAGAGAAGGGAAACGAGUGGUACAAGGCGUGGUGCAAGGAAGGCGGCAAAGAGGUGCCGCGAAACCUUCCUACUGAGCUCCACAUCGAUGGUAGGGAUCUCUGGGGCGAAAUGAUGCGGCAGAGCACAAAGACGAAUCCGGUCAUCGUGGGCGCACUACAGAAGCUCAAAGCCUCGGGACGGUUUCGCCUGGCAGCCCUCACAAACAACUUUGCUCCUCCCACGGCUCUGCCCUCCUCUGACCCUACUAGCUCCUCCGCAACUCCUCCUCCCACGCUGGAGGAAGAACUCAAGCACCUUGGCGUCUCCCCCUCAUCAACCAAAUACAUCAAGUCCCUCUUCCACCCCGGAGCCUAUUACGAGUCUUCCCUCCUCGGAGCACGCAAGCCUGAACUCAAGAUCUAUCAGCAUGUACUCCAAGCUGAGGGUCUUGCAGAAAACCCGAGUAAGGUCCUCUUCUUGGACGAUAUUGGACCGAACCUCAAAGCAGCGAGAAAGUUGGGGAUCAAUACGAUCAAAGUCGGUUUGGCGAGCCAGUUGAGUGCUGUGCAGGAGCUGGAGAAAUGGACGGGGAUGAAUUUAAUCGACGAGGAGCUAAGAAAGGAAGAGAAGGAGAGGGUCAAGAAGAUAGACGAAGCACGGUUGAGGUCUUUGGAAAAGAAGAAGGCAAAAUUGUAGACCCGAGGGAAAGUGUCGCACAGCCUGCCUCAGAUGGCAUAGCUUCGGGCGCAACGUCGUUGUACUUGUACGAUUGUGGUUGUGGUAGUAUUACAAAAGGGUCUCGAACUCAUCCUAGUCUCCAGCUAGAAUCUAAAGCGCCCUUCCUUGUCCCCCUUCUCUGCGCCCUUUUCCCUUCUCCUCUCCUCGGUCGCUCGUCUCUUCCUGCUCAACUCCUCCCGCAAUGCACUCACGUCUUCUCCGCCCCCGCCAA